UCGAAAUUGGUUUACAAAGAAACAUUCUGGUGUCGGGAAAAUGUACUAAAAUGGCGGCGGUAGAGUUCAGAAGUUCAUAGUACCUGAGUUUCAGCUGUUCGCAAGAAUCUAAUAGGAGAAGUUUCAAAAUCUACACGAGCUUAAAGAAUAGGGGAAAACUGCAAAGACACAUUUGUGAAUCAAUUAAGAUUCUGGGGGGUAUAGUUUAUUAGUUAAAAUGGAGAGCAAUAAUAGCUUGGAGCAAACACUGCAAGAUGGGAAAUUGUACCGUCAUGUUAAUUCUCUCAUUGUCGCUCAUCUUCGCGAUAAUAAUCUCAAUCAGGCUGCAAGCGCAGUAGCUUCAGCCACAAUGACACCAAUGAAUGUUGAAGCUCCUACAAAAAAGCUACUUGAAUUGGUUGCAAAGGUUUGUAUCGGUUGUGGAGAAAGAUGAGACGCUGAGAGGAGUUUCGACAGCUGCACCUUUUGAUCCAGUCAUAACUACGGGAUAUGGCUCAAUACCAGCCCCUCGCACUGCUUCUGUUGAUUUCAGUAGUGUGAACGAUACAAAAGGCUCGUCAAAGAUUAUCCCAAAGCAUGAAUCACGACACGUUUCUGAGCACAAGAAUGUAGCCAGGUGUGCCAGAUUUAGUCCAGAUGGAAGAUUUCUUGCUACUGGAAGUGCGGAUACGUCUAUUAAACUGUUUGAGAUUUCAAAAGUUAAGCAAAUGAUGCAGCCAGAUGCUAGGGAUGGCCCAGUGAGGCCGGUUGUACGGACUUUUUAUGAUCAUCAACAACCAAUAAAUGACUUGGAUUUUCAUCCGCAAAAUACAGUACUCAUAUCUGGAGCAAAAGAUCGCACCAUCAAGUUCUUUGAUUUUUCAAAAACGGUGGCAAAGAGAGCAUUUAGAGUGAUUCAGGAUACACAUAAUGUAAGGUCGGUGUCAUUUCAUCCUUCCGGAGACUUUCUUCUGGCAGGAACUGAUCAUCUAAUUCCCCACCUAUAUGAUAUUAACACUUUCAAAUGCUACCUGCCAACAAAUUUCCAAGAGAUGGGUGUCAAUGGUGCUAUUAAUCAGGUUAGGUAUUCAUCUACUGGUGGAAUGUAUGUUACUGCAUCCAAAGAUGGUGCUAUUCGGUUAUGGGAUGGGGUAACUGCUAGCUGUGCGCGAUCCAUUGAUGGUGCACAUGGAGCAGCAGAGGCCAUAGGUGCAAAUUUUACCAAGGAUGAAAGGUAUAUCCUCUCAUGUGGAAAAGACUCUUCGGUGAAGCUUUGGGAAGUUGGCACAGGAAGAUUGGUCAAACAAUAUCUUGGAGCUACACAUACACAGUUGCGCUGUCAGGCUAUUUUCAAUGAUACAGAAGAAUUUGUAUUAUCAAUUGAUGAAUCUCUGAAUGAGAUUGUUGCAUGGGAUGCUCUGACAGCAGAAAAAGUGGCUAGGUGGCCCUCCAACCAUGUUGGUGCACCUCGUUGGCUUGAGCAUUCCCGGGUAGAAGCUGCAUUUGUGUCCUGUGGAAUGGACCGAUCCAUUCGGUACUGGAAGGAGGUACUUUAGUGCCACUCAUGAGCCAGUGGUAUGUAGCAAAGCCAGAGAUAUAUACACCAGUGUAAUUUAAUAAGCUUUCUGUAAGAAACUCUCACCGCACUUGUUUGUUGUAUACUCGAGAGAAGAGAAAAGAGGUAUUCAUCGUAGGUAGGUCAACCGAGCAACCCCUUUUGUUUUCUCACCAUGCCGUCAGCUAAGUGGAUGGAAGUGAUUUUUGCUUUGUCUUAACCCCUCUCUCUGCCUCAGAUUCUUUUCCUCUCUGAUGGCGAAGGAAAGUAAAAACGAAGAGGCGAGGAGCUAUAAGCUAGCUUUCAGGUUGGUCGAAUGGGAAGGCAUGACGGUUAAUCUCCUCUAUCUUGAUAAGGGUCAUUUGCUGAUAAUCCAAAUUCCCCAGUUUUUCAUUUACAGUUCUACACUAUGUGGACACAGGCUUGAUUAUCCUUUUGAGAUGUUCAGUAGCAAACUUGUACUGUUUAUAGGAUAUUUUAUGUUUCUCUUGUUACAAUGGGAAACUGGAAUAUUUUCUCCUCCCAAUGGAUAUUUCUCCUGUUUCAAAAUUAGAUGUUUUAUU